GUCGCAGCCCCGGGCGGUGGGACGGACGCCGCCCACAUCGGUGCGCCGCUCCGCGGCAUGGACCCUGUCAGCCAGAGUGCCCGAGCUGUCAGCUCGUAACGUCUCAGAAAACCGCUCAUCGUCUACAAGAGGUCGUCUCAAGGUCAGAUCAUGGGCUGCGGGGAGAGCAAGCCAGCACGGACACAGAUCAAGGUCACGACCGCUCGCCCGGUGGGCAGUGACCCCACCGAGCAGGCCGUUGACCUCACCAAGCCAAGGUCAGGAAGGUCAGCCGGAGCCUCGGGUCAGUCCAUCAGCAGCGUCACGCCCACUCUACUGGUUGAAGAUGAUCUGGAUAUCCCAAACUGCGACCUUGGGGAGUCGCUCGAUGCUCGGAACGGCACGCUGCUUUUUGAGGACCUCAAGUCGCACUCGGCCAUGUCCAAGGAAAGUGCUGACAGCGGCAUCUAUGAUCUGGACGAGAACUACAGUCACGUGAUCACCGAACACUCGGCGGCAGAAAUGGUCAAGUUGGUUGAGCGCGACUUCAAGCCGCCAUACGAGCUCGAGCUCGAGGUGGUGGGGAAGGCUGUGCCGCGCCUCCUCUCCGGCUACCAGAAGAACCGCAUGGAGGAGAAGCAGAUCCUGCAGUCGCUGCGGGAGGAGGGGCUCAUCGCCAUGCCUAAGGCCAAGGCGACCAACGGCCUCAGCUUCGACAUCGUGGACAUCAAGGAGACGGACGGCGUGCAGCGGCGGGGCGCCUCGGCCGUCCAGGAGCGCCUGCCCUCGCUCCACCUGCAGAGCCUGGAGGCACGGCGGCGUGCGCACGUGCGCCGCGUCGACCCCGAAGCCGACCAACGCGAGAAGGAGGAGCGCAGAAAGGCGGCAGAAGAAGAAAGAGUGCAAAAAAUCACUAUGAAACAACAGUAUAUCGAGGAGGCGAAGCAGAAACGCAUUGAAGAAAAGGAGGACCAGCUGGGAAAGAAGAUUGACACCGCUCUAGACAAAAGGCAGAAGCACCUGAACGAGCUGCGCGACAAGCUCAAGGGGCGUCAGGAGCACGCCAAGCAGGUGCAGCUGAAGAAGGCGCUGCGCAACUUCGGCCAGCCGGUCACCCACCACGGAGGCCGACCCGUCAUCACCGAGGAGGACGACAAGUUCUUCAACUAGCGCGCCGCCUUGCUCACGCUGGCGCAGGUCAUGGUGUGACGCCGGGCAUGACUCCGAUCCCAGUCGGGGUCGCCGAGUUACGUCACGGCGCAGUGUGGUAGAGUGACGUCACGCCGUGCUGCCCGUUGUGACGUCACGGUGCGGUGUGACGGAGUGACGUCACAGCGUAGGGCCGCGACGCUGUUAGUUGAAAGUCGUGCAGUGACGCGACGCGAUGCCGCGGUUUCGGCGGGGUUGUGUGCUGCCCGCCUCGAAUUACGUCACUUAAUGCUGUGGCCGCCAUGCAGCUGCCUCUGCGGACGUGAUGGAUGACGUCACCAGCUGGCGUCGCGUUCCGUCACCCCUGUGGAGUGACGUCACCAUGCGCUGCGGCAGCGCCUCUCAGCUUCGUCAGUUGUUAUCGCUGUGGGUUGUCGGAGGGGCACUGGCCGAAAAAUGAACAGACCAAAAGGCAGGUAGAAUGGGAUCACAACCACAAGGCUCAUCAAAUAUUUCCAAAGUCUAGUGGUCAGCCAACUCCCCCUUUUCUCCCCGAAUAUUAAGUGUACA